AUGAAGUUAUGGGAUAGCCUGACCACUUGUUUGAUACUGCUGAGCGCCGUGCACGCCAGUCCGCUGCUCCGGAGCCGACCGCAGUCCACGUCCACCAAGAGUAACGGGCGCGCCCCCGACAUUCCCCUGGAGCUCCCGCCGGUUCACAUCCGUCUGUCUGUCACUUCCCCGGGCAUCAGCCGUGCUGAGGCGGGUACAGUGGACUGGGAAGAGACGGUGACUGGAGGAGAAAAAUACACCAUGGAGGAACCGUCCCAAAGCGAGUUUGAAGACGUGGUGGACUUCAUCAAAUUGACCAUCAGUAGAAUGCGUCGCUCCUCUUCAUCCACCGUGUCCUCAUCUACCUCCUCUACCACCUCCUCCCCCUCUAAAGAAGGAUGGAGCAGCAGGAACCGACACAGAAGGGAGAGGAAGAAGGGGGCGAGCCAGCAGAGUGGAGGACGUAGAGGAAGAGCCAGAGAAGAGGGAACAGGGAGGAAGGCCAGGGGACGAGGCCAAGGCUGUGUGCUCAAACAGAUCCACCUCAAUGUGACGGACCUCGGUCUGGGCUACCGCUCCAGCGAGGAAAUGAUGUUCAGGUACUGUUCCGGACCCUGCAGGAAGUCCGAGACCAACUAUGACAAAAUCCUUUACAACCUCGCUCACAACAAGAGGCUUCCCCCUAAAGACACGCCCCCUCAGACUUGCUGUCGACCAAUAGCGUUUGACGAUGACCUCUCGUUUCUGGACGACAACCUCGUCUACCACACCGUGAGGAAGCACUCUGCCAGGACGUGUGGUUGUGUGUAG